AUGGCGCCGCCUCGCUUUUUCUACAGCGACAGGCUGCUCGGACGGAGAGUCGACAGAGACGCGGUGGCGUCUUCGUCCUUUCUUUCGCUCCUGCCCUCUUCCUCAGCCUCGCCUCUGUCGGGCGUUUAUUCACCUUCGCUCCCAGCGUCUUUUCCCUCUCGCCUUUUGCUUCGCGCGGCGGAGACCUCACGGCGCUCGCGGCGGGAGGUCGGCUCGCUCUCGUCGCCUUCGUUUCCCGCCGCAGCACAAGGGAGACCUGUCUCCUUGGAGGGGCUUCGACGUGACGCGUACGCCUCGCCGCUAGGCAGGGCGGACGCCAAACAGGCUGCCGCCGCAAUGCCUGCUUUCAGAUUUCCGAGUUUUCUCGUUUCUUCUCCCUCGCCCCUGCUCACGUGGACGAACGGAAACGCUAGAAUGGCGCGGAUUCCGGCCUACGCGUUUCCGUGUCUCCCGAGCACCUCGGCGUCGCUGUCGCGGCGGGCUCGUCGGGGGGAAGCCUGUCUGGGCUUUUUGCGAGCCUCUUCUUCAGUGUCUUGUCCUGCCUCUGCGCUGGGCUCGUCGCGCUUCUCGUCUUUUCGCGCGUUUUCGUCUUCGGCUAUGACUGCUUCUCCAGCGUCUCCCUCCGCUUCUGCAUCCCCGCUGUUCCUGGAGAAGUUCUUGGGCGAGAACGAGCGAUCGGGCGCCUCCGCCUUUUCCACUCCCCCCCGCGUUCAGGCGCCUCCUCUCUCGCUGGCGGCGAGGCCGUCCGCCUCCGCAGGCGGCUCGUCCUCUCCCCUUUCGUCUUCCGCUUCGCCUCCGCCCGGCGCGGCGUCGGCUGCGUACUCGUCUGCGUCGGCUGCGUCCUCGUUUGCGUCUGAGUCGUCGCGGGCGCCUGCCUCUGUAGACCAGCCGCGACCUCUGUUUUUCGCCUAUGGAGCCUCGAAGGAGGUGCAGCUUCGGGCUGUUCUUCCGCUUCUCGAAUCGUCAACCGAUCCGCUCUUCGUGACCAGUCUCCUCCUCUCUCUGCACGCCCUGCUGCACGUCUGGCCGCUAGUGCUCGCGUCGCCCGAGCUUCGCGCUUGCUCCUUGGUUUUUCCGCUUCUUCCUGCAUCUCCGCCGGCGUCGUCGGCUCCUUCUGCGCCGCUGUACGCGUCGUUUCUGGCGCAGUUCGGCGUCCGCGAGGCACAUGUCGAGGGCCUCCUGGCUGCCGCAGGCGCGUCCGCGCUCGAUCUUUUGCUGUUGCUGUCGCUGCUCCCGCACGUCAGCUUGGCGCAGCAGCCGCCGGCGCGGUACCAGCCGACCUUCCUCGCGCCGAACGGCGAGCCUGCGACUGCUGGGGCGGAUGCCGCGCGCGAGACCGACGCACAAGAAGAGGCGCCGCAGCUGAUGCGGGUCAGCCUCCGCGACGCCCUGCCGCUGCUACUCGCCGCCUUCCACCCGCAGCGUCCCGGCGUGGACCGCGACUUGACCUCGCGGCUUGUCAGCCACUUCACGCAGGCCUCGCUGCUUCUGCUUCCUCCUCUUCCUCCUCGCGCCCCAGCCUCCUCUGCCUCUUCCGCGGGCGAGGUGGCGACCGGCGAGGACGCCGCGCGCGUCGCCUCACGCCGGUCGCUCGCGCAGCCGCCGCCGCCGCGCGCGGCAUCUUCGCCGGUCGUCUCGCCGUCUAUCGCGCCGGAGCUCGCGCUGUGGCACCAGCACACCGUCCUCUCCCUCACGCCGCAGACACUCCGCUUCAUCCCACAGCUGCCUGUGCGUCUGGCGGCCGCCCUCCACGCGGCGCGCGUCCGCCUGCCGCUCCUGCCCUCGCCGCUGCCGCUGCCGGCGCUCGCGCCGCCGCCUGUCGCCUCCGCCGGGGGCCUCGCGCCGGCGGGGUCCCCUGCAACCCCAGGUCUCCCCCCAGCGGCGGGCAAGGCGCGUGCGCCUCGCGCCUGGAGCUUCGGCAAGCCCCGCGAAGAAGACGAGCUUUCCGCCGCGGGCGUCGCGCAGUGGGAGGUCGUGGAUCAGGUCGGCGCGGUGGUGCUGCUUAACCAACUCGACGUCGUGGAAGACCUCAUUUGGAAGAUCAACUGGUCGCGACUCUCCGUCAGCGCAACCUGUCGUUUUUUCCGCGAGGUCUUCGACUCCCGACAUCUGGUGUUGAGCGGCCUAGCCAUGCAGAAGGCGUUUGCCUCUCUCUCGUCCCGCUUCGGCAUGCUUCAGCUCCCCGACAUCGCGAAUCUGCUUCACGGCAUUCAGAGCCUCCAGCGCGUGACUCCGCAGGAACAGCGAGAGAUUGUCUGCAGCAGCGCGGCGUGUCUGUCGCUUAUGUGGCCGCAUGCGCAUCGCUUCUUGCCGCUCUUCUCCCUCGACGAACUGACCUUUGCGUGCGAGGUAUUCGCGCACGAGGUCUUCAUCGCGGCGGUCGCUGCGAGCGGAGCGCAUCGCAUGAAGACACUCAGCUUCCGCCGCCUUGCGGUGGAGUGUCGCCGGCAGGAGUGCUACGCCGCGUUUUUUGCUCAGGAGGGCGAGGCUUGGAAGCAGCUGCUCGACGCCCUCGUCGCGCGCAGGGAGUCGUGGUCGCUGCAGUCGUGGAUCCGAUUUCUGAAGAUGCUGGAUCCUCUUGUGUCUCUGCAUCAGCUGCGGAACGAGGCGCUUUGCGCGCCCUUCUCCAGGACGCUGGCGCCGCCCUCGCCGCUCGUAGCUCGCGUUCACCAGUUGCUCUGCGUCGGGUUCGGCGCGCCGGAAUUCGUGGACCGGCUCGUCUCUCCGCUGCCGCAGGCCGGCAAGCAGACCCGCGACGCGAUUGCCGAGGAAAACCUCGCAGUCCUCCGCAGGCACCUCGCCACGCUUUCGCUUCACGAAAUCAUCGACUUUCUCGUGGGAUUUCGCACUUACGGUUACGUAAAUCGCCCUCUGCAGCGCGUGGCGCUGACCGAAGCUGUUCGCCGCGUGGAAGAAGAUAAUUGGAGUCUCACUCCCGAGGAUCUCUGCAGACUCAUCGUCGCUUCAGAGGACUUGGUGCUUGGCAAUCCGAUUCGAAGGGUCAUCGACCAGCAGCUGCGGCAGCUCUCGCUCGACACGGAAGACUUGGCUGCGCUCAUGGCACUAGUUGUGGCUCUGGAGCGCCAGCCCGCCCUCGGCGUCGCCGCUCUCUUCGACCUGCGAAAGCAUAUCGACAGCCGCGUGGCCGGCUUGACUGCAGCGGUGGGGGAGGGCGACGUGGCGUACGCGGUGAGUGCGGAGUCGCCGAUGACGACGAGCAUGUCUUCAGCGGCUCCGAAGCUGCCGCUGUCGCUUCUCCCGCUGUUGUUUGUGUACCUCUUUUCGCGCCCGAGUUCGCUCACGGCUUCAUCGUCGCUGCUGCCGCGCGGCAGCGGCGCGGCGGCGUCCUUCGCCGUCGCGUCUUCGCCGAGCAGCUCGACGUUUCUGUCGCCGCUCUCCUCGUUCCUGCGGACGCUGAUUCCGGAGCUGCUUUCGCCGUUCCUCUCUGCGCUCGAUCUGGCGAUGCUUCUCGCACCCCUGUGCACAACUGAGGCGCCGCUGUCCUGCUACGCGUCGCACUUCCCCACGACCGCGGCGCUGCCUCCCUUCGUGCGCUUCCGACACGAGGCGUCGAGCGGGGGCAGCAGGCCGCCGGUUGAGCACGCUCUAGGAGGGGGUGGAGAGGGCGCGGGCGAGGAGGCGAGCGCCGCGCAGCAGUCGGCCGCUGCGUGCGGCUUCGCGGCGUCGUCGCUCUCCGUCUCCGAAGCGGCGAACGCGCGCUUCUCGGGGAAUGUCGCCCUGGUACGACGCCUCUGCCGCGCGGCUCGCGACGCGGUGCCCUACACGCCCCUCGCGCUCCUCCGCGUGGCGACAGGUCACGCAAUCCUGCAUGCGCACGCGAACCACAUGCUGGUUGUCGCCAGGGCGACGCACAAGCCCUCGCCCGAAGCGGCCAACGACGAGCAGGAUCUCGCGCGCCUCAACGCGAACCAUGCCAACAAGGUCAUCAAAGGCGUCCUCGGGAACGCGAAAGCUGCCGGCGCGGACCCUCCCGCCGGCGCGGGCGACGGCAUCGCCGCCGACCUCGCCCUCGGGCACCUCCCGACGCUGCUGCGCAUGCUGAGGCUGCUUGAGAUGGACUCCGACACGGGACAUCUGCAGAGGCUCCUGAAUGUCCUUCUCGUCGCCGACCUCUCGCUCCUCACACCGCACCGACUACUCGACUUGAUGGAGGCUUUCGUCGCAGCUCGCACGCGCUUGGGACCUGUCUUGCAGAGGCUCCUCUCCUGGUUCGGGGAUCAUCUGCUGCGCACGGCGCCGCCUUCUGCGUGUCUGCUCGACUCGCUUCUGGCGGAGAUCGCUCUCUGCGCCGCGACGCUUGACUUUGCGCAUCCUGCGUUUCAGCGAGCUGCGGUGGAGCGCCUUCGCAUGCUGCAGAUUGCAAUGCAGGCGUCGCCGGCGGCCAGCGAAGUUGAGGCGAGCGGCGGGGCGUACGCCAGCGAGCCCAGCUUCUCGCGCCCGCAGGGCUUGGACGAAGGCGAACAUAACGCGCUGCAGUACGAGAUCGCCCCUGCAGAGGCACUCCGCAUUCAAAUUCGCAUCCUCCUCGGCCUCGCGCCGGUGACACCGAUGACGAAAAACCUAGCUGACCACUUCCGCUUCUGUGUUCGGCGCGUCGCAGAGCGCGUUGAGGUCGCGCGGCAGCGCAAGGAGGAGAUCUCCGUCCGCGACGAAGACCUGACUGGCUUGUACGAGUUCUAUCUCUGUCUGCUUCUCCGCGGUCCCUCGCAUUUGCAUCUGCAGGAAACCGACCCCGAAGACAAAGAAAUGAUUAACUUCCUUCUCCAAGACCUCCCGAGGCUUAAGUGGCUCGAACGCGAGCGCGCGCGAACGGCCAGUUUCCGCUUGACGGAGGAGAGCCGACAAAUCAGCGCCGCGCUUCGGCGUCGCGGGCUGGAGUCGAUGAAACCAGUCAUCACGGGAAUCUGUUUCUGCCACUUCGCCUCAGUCUCUGCGCCGCGCGAGGGAGCCGCGCGAGGCCCGACGGGCGUCGCCGUGCUGUGCGUGCCUGAGGAGGAGACACUCGCCUCGUGGACGGUCGACGAAGGCUGCGCGGACGAUGCGCUGCUGGAUCGCGGCGACGGAGGGCGCUUGGUGACGCGGAGCGAGGACACCGACGAGAAUCUCUCUGCCAAACGCGAGGCCGAACUCGCCGGUCGGAGCACGGAACAUAUCGCCCGCGAACGCUGGGAGGACCGGCUGGCAGCCUGGAACGCGAAUCCUCUCCUGCCCUUCGGCGAAAGCCGAAAACGCAUCGCCCACCUCAAAAAAGCUGGAUGGGUCGUCCUGCCUCUCUUCCUCACCCAGUGGCGUCAGCUGCGCUCGGACUACGAGCGGGACGAAUUCCUUCGCUGCCUCAUCAACCUUUCUUAG